AUGGAAUUUGACGGAUCAAGCAUAGAUAAAGGAAGCCAAGAUUCCAUGGAGUUCUCGAGAAACUCAGCAGCUAACCACCACCGCAGGGGUGUUUUCCGGCGAAUCACCAUUUUUUCCGGCGAGUGUUGGAUUCGAAAACUUUUGGUCAAGUUUUGUGGUGGGAGGAAGACUGGCAAACAACCAGUUUCGCUAGACAGAUCUUCAAUAGGAGGUGGAGUUAAUGGUGGUGACAAUGUAGCUAACCCUGGUAUGGGUAGUAAUACUGGUAGUAAUUCUGGUGGUCAUGAAGGUUCAGGCGCGGCGGCUGUGAUGGUAGGCGCAACACAUAUGUCCGAAAUGGGUGGGAGCGGAUCUGGAAGUUCUCAUGGCGGUCAUGGUGGUGGUGGGGGUAGUGGAUAUGCUGGUGGUGAUGGUUCCGGAGGUUGUUAA